UCUGGAUGCCUUUAUAAGGGCUCUCAGCAACCCUGCCCAUUUUAGUUUCUUUUCAGAGCUGAACAAGAGACUGAUACAACAGAAGGUUCAGCUGAAAGUCCGGCGUCCUGCAGAACCCUCAGUGUUCCUCCUCCCCACAACCUUUGCACUGAGCUGUUAUUGUGUCUUACCUGAAACAGACUCUGUAAUAAAAACCCUGAUUUACUUCUCAAUAUCAGAUACCAGCAACCAGACAACAAUCAUGGCACAUUUUCCUUGUUCCUCUCAAAGGAAUGAAGACACAGAAAAACAAUUGAAUGAAAUCAGAAGAACCAGCAGAUCAAUAGAUGGAUUCAUCACCAGAUAUAUUCUAAACACCAGGACUGUAUUUGAUGGUGAAAGUGUGAAAAGAGCAGCAUUUGGAGAAAAACAGAAGAACAAACCUCAUAAAACCAUAUUAAUAGUUGGAGAAACAGGAACAGGAAAGUCGACUCUCACCAACUCCAUGGUCAACUACAUGCUGGGUGUCGAGAGUGAAGACAGAAUCUGGUGUGAGAUCAUAGAGACUAAAGAAAAACAAUCUGUUUCUCAGACUCAUGCAGUCACAGUGUAUGAUGUGUUUACUGAACACUGCCCAUUCUCUCUGACCGUCAUCGACACACCGGGAUUCGGAAGCACAGAAGGAAAAAAGGAGGAUUUGAGUGUUGCUGAAAGUUUACUUGAGUUAUUUAAAUCUACAGAUGGAGUUCAUGAACUUGAUGCAGUGUGUCUGGUGGUGACAUCCAGCACUGUUCGACUCACUGAUAGGCAGCACUAUAUUUUUAAUGCAGUUCUCUCUUUGUUCGGCCGUGACGUGGAGAAAAACAUUGUCCUGUUCAUCACACAUGCUGCCAAAAAGCCUACAAAUGCCAUUAAAGCCAUCAAGGAAUCCAAAGUCCCAUGUGCCCUGACCGAUAAAGGAGAUCCCGUGUAUUUCAGAUUCGACAACAGUCACUGUGAAGACUUUGACGAUGACGAAAUAUCAGAUGAUUAUCAAGCAUCAUGGAAUCAGUUAAACACAACCAUGGAGAACUUUCAGACCUUUCUGCAAGAAAUUAAACCCAUAAACCUGAAGAUAACUGAGGCAGUGCUGAAAAAACGCAAACAACUGACCGCAUCCAUCUUCAAUAUACAGGAUAAGAUCAAACUGACGGAACUGAAACAGAAAGAGCUCGAGCAGACAAAAGAGGCUUUACAGAAACACGAGAAAGAAAAGAGAGACAAUAAUAACUUUGAGUAUGAAGUAGAUGAGGCCUAUAAACAAAAAGUACCACUAGAAUAUAGGUGGUGGCACUUUGGACAGAAAGAGGCCACUUGCUGUAGACUCUGUGAGGAGAACUGUCAUUACCCAGGAUGCUGGUGGGUCAGAAAUCUCUCCUGGUGUAGUGUCAUGAACAGUAGUGGGAAGUGCACAGUGUGUACUGGAAAGUGUCACUACACUAAACAUAUUAAAGAGGGGAAAAUCUAUGUGCCGAAGACAAGGAGGGUCAAGAAGACUAUGGAAGAUCUGAAAAAGAAAUACGAGACAAAGUCUGGAGAGAAGAAGAGCCUGAUGAGUGGAAUAGAGAAUGACAUGCGUGAGCUGGAAAAAGAGCAAAUCAGACUGGUAAAUGAGUGUUAUCAGUGUGUUGUCUUGAUGGAGGACAUCGCCUUGAAGAGUGACUCUGUGUUUACGCUGCAGCAUCUGGACUUUCUGAUUGAGAAAGUGAAGGAAACAGGAAACACAGAUCAAGUGCAGAAACUUGAAGAGAUGAAAAAAAGAAUGGAGGAAAAUUCAGCAAAGGCGUUUUCUGUUUUUAAAUCCAUGCAGUAAAUAAUGCACUAAAUCUGUCAUUUCUUUUAAAGUUGUGAAAUUUCCUCUAUAUUGGCCUAUCACACCGAACCCUCUAACAUAAUACAACAGUAACAAUAUCACUAAAUAUAACUGUAAAUUAAUAACAUUCAUUAUAUAUUCAUCAGGAUCAUUUAAAUUCCAUCAGUUAAUGAACAUACAAUAAGAUGAUGAUCUUACAUCAGUCCUCUUCAUUAAAACUUCUAUUGGUCUGUAUAACCUGUGCAUUUUCUACUUUCUUUAUGUGAAAAUGAGUAGUCCGGCAAUUGUUAGCAAAUUUUAGCACAUGAUUUGUUUGCCUCUGUCAGGAGGUUCAUAUGUGGAAGUAGAUUCAACAAUCAUUAUGUAAUCAUUUAUUUUCACAUCAUCUGGUCAUUAAACAUGAUUCUCAAAUGGCCUUGUGGAGCUCCUCACAGUUCUGCAUGGAAUAAAGAUAAAACCUAAAAACUAAAGACAUAAAGCUUUGCUGUAAUCAAAAGCUCUUCAGAGGUGGGACAUGAGAAGAUGAGAAGAAACCUGACUUUGUUGGUGAAUUGUUCAUAUUUACAUCAUAAGGUUUUAUCAUUUAUGUGAAAACUGCAUGAAAGAGAAGAGGGAGCUCAGUGUGGCUAGAAAAAAGACAAGAAAGAAAAGAGAAAGAAGCAGCCUGGUGGUGGUUCAGCAAACACAACUAGUGCAGGAACUUGAAGAACUGGUGACCAGCUCUCAGAACCUUCUGGAACUUUUGAGAAGAUGAUUUUCAGCUGGUUGCAUGUUAAUUUUUAUAAUCAAUGUCUCAUCCUCCACAACAUCCUUCAAGAUUGGUCUAUGAUCACUUUCAUGAAUGGUUUCCUACAUUACCCACAAUAGCAGUCGACUUCCUGAUAGUGGAUCAGUGGGGUUUGGCUUCAUCUUCUACUGAAAGAGAGAUGCAGCGGUGCUCUAGUCCUUUUAUUCUGACCAGCACACCCUCCUCCUCGUCUGUACACCCUGCUCAAAUAGAACAAACUCUUCCAACAUACUGAAAUAAUACUUGAGAUGGUCCCAGGAGCCACAGUGAUACCUGCUUAAGUGCUGUCUACAGUUUCCUGGCUGUGAAGAAGAAAGAAGUCUGGACCUCAACAGACUCCAUAAUACUCAAAUUCUCUGUUCCUGGACUGUGGUAUCUUUAGUGUUAGACUGGUAACAGCUCGCACAUGCCUCCUGUGGUCAGUAGGACCUCGGGAUGAAUAAGCUUUGCUCAUUAACAGUAUAGUGUAUGAAUAGAUUACUGUCCUGUCUCUCUGGAACCUUUCUGUACUCUGCUUGUGUACUUGUGUGCUAGAUUUAUACACCACAGUUACUGCAAGAACUUUAAUGAAUCUUCUUGACCUAAAUUAUCUGUAGGAGUGGAUGCACUGUGCUUCUGCCAUGUGAUUGGCUAACUGGAUAAAUGUACAAGUGUUCCUAUUAAUGUGGCAGUGAGUGUUAAUAAACUAUAUGUUUUAA